CACUCACUGCUGUAGCCUGAACACAACCACGCCUCCGACAUGGCCGCCCAUCGAAUCCGGGCCACCGCCAACAACAACAACGUCUCUCUGCCUCGCUGCAGGUCCGAGGGAACGCUCAUCGACCUCGGCGAGGGCGUGUCGGAGGCCACGCUCACCGAGGUCAAAGUGCCUUCUCCCAGUACCUUACGACUCGACGCCACAGCCUCAUUUGGAGCCGCCAGGGAAGUCAUCGCCAUCAAGGACUACUGUCCGUCCAGCUUCACCACGCUGAAGUUCUCCAAAGGCGACCGCCUCUACGUUCUGGACUCGUCAGGCUCCGAGUGGUGGUACGCCCACAACAACACGGAGAUGGGCUACAUCCCCGCGGCGUACGUUCAGCCCAUCAACUUCAGAGACUCGUCCCUCAGUGACAGCGGGAUGAUCGAUACAGUCGGAGAUUGCAACGAGGAGGCGGCCAAAGAACUGGAUCUUUUAGGGGAGUGGGCUGGAGUGAUCCUGAAACCAACUUCCUACCAAAAUGGAAACCCCUUUGCAGGAACCCAUACCUCGACAAACCCUUUCCUGAACGGUGUUCCUCAGAGCUCACUCGAUCAGAACAGUAAUGAGAAACCGGUCGACCUCCUCCUGUUUGACUCGCUCACUCCAGCAGCGUCCGACUCUGCCAGCAGCUCUGCCGACAUCAACGGCUUCAGCAGUAGCGCUUAUAACCUGAACCCUCUCAGUCCCUUGGACGGCGUGGGUCAAACAUUGCGCAGGGACAACCCCUUUUUCAGAAGCAAGCGGUCCUACAGUCUGUCGGAGUUGUCCAUCCUGCAGGCUCAGUCCGACACCCCUCAGGUCUCUUCCGGUUUCUUUGGAGGCCUGAAAGCGCCAGCGCCAGAGCAGUUCCAGAGCAGGGAGGACUUCAGGACAGCAUGGCUCACUCACCGCAAGCUGGCUAGGUCCUGCCAUGACUUGGACUCCUUGGGUCAGAGUCCAGGCUGGGGCCAGACGCAGCCGGUGGAGACCAACAUCGUCUGUCGUCUGGACGGCUCAGGGGGAGCCGUCCAGCUCCCAGACACUAACAUCAGCAUCCACGUCCCCGAGGGCCACGUGGGUCCAGGAGACACACAGCAGAUCUCUCUCAAAGCUCUGCUCGACCCACCGCUGGAGCUGAACAAUGACCGCUGCACCACCGUCAGCCCCGUGGUGGAGAUCAAGCUCAGCAACAUGGAGACUAAAACCACGGUUACCCUGGAGAUGAAAGUUUCUGUGGUGGUGAAAACAGAGAACAGAGCGACAUCAGAGGUGUUGUGUGUCAGGAGCGACUGUAAGGAAGGUCCGUACACUCCCGUUCCUCAGGCCUACAUGUACGGGGACACAGUCCAGGUGUGUCUGGACAACCUGGAGCCCUGCAUGUACGUGUGCGUCGUGGCUCAGUCCCAGUCCCAUUCUGUUUCUCCACAGUCCACUGUUUGGGAGCAGGUGGUGAAGAAGAUAACUUUAGGAGUGUAUGGUCCGAAACAUAUUCACCCAUCCUUCAAGACCGUGGUCGCCAUAUUUGGUCACGAAUGUGCUCCAAAGACACUGUUGGUGAAUGAGGUUGGUAAACAGGCGCAGGCAGCUCCACCGGUGGCUCUGCAGCUCUGGGGCAAAUACCAGUUUGUCUUGUCCAGACCGCAGGACCUUCGGGUUGGCGUUUACUCCAACAUGGCCAACUAUGAGGUCAAGAUUAAUGAGCAGGCCAGAGUGGUGCGGGGCUUCCAGGUUAAACUCGGCAAAGUCAGCAGGCUCGUCUACGUCAUCUCCUCACGCAACUCGGAAGACAUUUCAGAUUUCACCUUAAGGAUCCAGGUCAAAGACGACCAGGACUGCAUCCUGGCUCAGUUUUGUGUCCAGACGCCAACACCGCCGCCCAAAUCCGGUCCAAAGACAUCGGUGCAGCGGCGCUUCCUGAAGAAGAAGGAAGUUGGUAAGAUAGUCCUCUCUCCUCUCGCUGUCGCCACUAAGUACCCUGUUUUCCAGGACAGGAGGAUUAACAACCUGAAGUUUGGAAAACUGAUAAAAACUGUGAUCCGGCAAACAAAAAACCAGUACCUGCUCGAGUACAGAAAAGGAGACUUUGUAGCUCUGCUGAGCGAAGAGAAGAUCAAGCUGAAGGGACAGCUGUGGACAAAGGAAUGGUACAUUGGAUGUUACCAGGGCCGAAUGGGACUCGUCCACGCUAAGAACGUGCUAGUGGUCGGUAAGGUCAAACCCAUUUACUUCAGUGGGCCGGAACUCACCACUUCAGUGUUGCUGGAGCAAAUACUGAAGCCCUGUAAGUUCCUGACGUACAUCUACGCCUCCGUGAGAACGAUACUGAUGGAGAACAUCGGUGACUGGCGAGCGUUCGCAGACGCCCUCGGAUACGUCAACCUGCCGCUGACGCACUUCUGUCGCGCGGAGCUGGACAGUGAACCGGAGAGGGUGGCGUCGGUGCUGGAGAAGCUCAAAGAGGACUGCAACAACGCCGAGAGCAAGGAGCGCAAAUCCUUCCAGAAGGAACUCCUGACGGCUCUGUUAAAGAUGGACUGUCAGGGUCUGGUGGCGCGCUUGGUCCUGGACUUUGUUCUCCUGACCACAGCGGUGGAGCUAGCCGGACGCUGGAGGGAAGUCGCAGAGAAACUCGCCAAGGUCUCGCGUCUCCAGAUGGACGCGUACGAGGCACCGCAUCGGGACAAGAACGGGGUCGUGGACAGCGAGGCCAUGUGGAAGCCGGCGUACGACUUCCUGGUCACGUGGGCGGCGCAGAUCGGUGACAGUUACCGUGACGUGAUCCAGGAGCUGCACAUGGGUCUAGACAGGAUGAAGAACCCUAUCACCAAACGCUGGAAGCACCUGACGGGGACACUCAUCCUCGUCAACUGCCUGGACGCCCUGCGGAGCUCCGCCUUCAGCCCCGCCUCUCAGGACGACUGCGCCAUCUGAACUCUGGCUUCACAAACUGCUGUCGGGUGUUCGGCUCCUACGGCGCCACCCCCUUGCCCCGCCACCCCCUCACGUCUGGCAGUAUUUAAAGAGUCCUUUGAUAAUGGGUCAUAGUCGUGUAUUUUUGUAUCUUCUUACAGCGUUUUUAAAGCUUCACACUGUGCAUCGAACACUUUUUAAAGAAAAGACACUUUCAGA